AUGAGCGGCGAGAAGCAAGCCACUACUACGACUCUCGAUGGUCAGCAGAGCAGCGCGCCCCCACGGUUUAUGCUCUUUGCUCUGCUGCGCGAGAAGCUAGCAACAACAGACGCAGUCGCGCCGCCUCCAGAUGGCGGUUUACAGGCCUGGACGCAGGUGGCUAUGGCGCAUCUGAUCCUCUUCUGCACCUGGGGUUUCAUCAACUCGUUUGGCUUCUUCCAAGCGUACUACGAGGAGACCAUGGCCGUCAACGCCUCGCAAAUCUCGUGGGUCGCCUCCGUCCAGGUGUUUCUGCUUAGCUUCAUUGGCAGUUUUUCCGGGCGUCUGAUGGAUGCAGGCUACUAUCGCUACUGUUUGAUUGGUGGCUUUGUCUUCCAGAUUAUAGGGAUCUUUAUGGUUUCCCUGUGCAAGCAGUACUGGCAGGUCUUCCUAGCCCAGGGCGUCUGCUGCGGCAUUGGCGAUGGACUUCUCUUCUGCCCGACGACAGCGCUGAUAGCCACCUACUUUGUCAAGCGUCGUGCCAUUGCACUAGGGCUGACGCUGGCCGGAUCGAGCACUGGCGGGCUGAUCUUCCCUAUCAUGGUGCAGCAGCUCCUCCCCAAGAUAGGUUUUGCCUGGACUGUACGCUGCAUGGGCUUUGUGGUCCUUUUCUGCUUCCUCGUAUGCUUGAGUCUGGCGCGAACCCGACUGCCAAAACGGGCCAGUGGUCCGCUCGUCGAGCCCAGUGCCUUUCGCGAGUUGCCCUACUCGCUGUUCGUCGUUGGCAUCUUCCUUACCCUCUGGGCCGUCUACUUUAGCUACUUCUACGUGAGUGUGCCUUCAUCCCCUCCUCCAUAUCAGAUGAAUCAGCUGACACCUCUGCAGAUCAACUCGUAUGCUCUUGAUGUGAUUGGGACUUCCAAUUCCGACUCGCUCAGCAUGCUAUACAUCAUCAAUGGACUGGGCAUUCCCGGGCGUAUUAUCCCUGCCUUGGUUGCAGAUCGCUUUUUUGGCGGCAUCCUCAACACGUAUGUCGUACUCGGCUUUAUUGCGGGGGUUUUGCUUUACUGCUGGAUUGCCGUCAAGAGCUACGGUGGCAUGAUUGCCUUUGUCGUCUUCUACGGCUUGAUUGGAGGUGGCGUGCAGGGCACUGCCUUGUCAUCACUGCCAACCUUGACGACUGACCUCAGCAAGAUGGGCGUUCGUAGCGGGAUGGUUCUCUCCAUCGUGUCUUUUGCCUGUUUGACCGGACCACCUCUGGCUGGUGCACUGAUUCAACGCGAUAACGGCUCAUAUACCUAUGCCUGCGCUUGGGGAGGAACUUCGUUGAUCUUGGGGUCGUCGUUCGUGCCCAGAAUGCCUUCUCUAACAACGACCGAUCCCUUGCUCGGGCCAAAGUCUCACCCACGGCUCGUAACUGCGCUGAAAUCAGCUCGCGAGACGUUUACCGCUGCCAAUCCAAAAUCUCUACUCGCUUACAACGAAGCAAACCGCUACUUUCCUGGAGGAAAUACGCGCACCUUGCUGCACUCGCUGCCCUUUCCGUUGACAUUCCAGACUGCUCACAGCUGCUAUCUCACUUCGGUGGACGGUAACACAUACCUAGACUUUUGCAGCGAGUACACCUCCGGCCUAUUCGGGCACAGUCACCCCGUAAUCAAAGAUGCCAUAGAGGCUGUGCUCAGCACGGGCUGGAACUAUGGAGGUCUCAAUGACCGGGAACGACUUUUUGCCAAAAUGGUUUGUCAACGCUUCUAUCUGGAGAAGGUCCGCUUCACCAAUUCUGGCACAGAAGCUAGCAUGAUGGCUCUCGCUGCAGCGGUGAAUUUUACGGGCAGAGAUCGAGUAGGUGAAGCAAAUUCUUCUUCUUCUUCUUCUUUUAUUCUAGUACCACAAGCUUAUAGUCAUUAUGGACAGAUCCUCGUCUUUACUAACGGCUUUCACGGCUCAACGAUCAACUUCCCAACUCCUGCACCAGCCAAAUCGAUCGUACUUCCGCAUAACUUUGUGGUGGCACCCUUCAACGACAUAGCAGGCACAAAGAGAGUACUCUCCCAGCAACCCGAACACUCACUUGCCGGCAUAUUCGUCGAGCCUGUCCAAGGCGCCGGGGGUGCAAUUCCUGCCUCUGUCGAGUUCCUGCACUUCCUCCGGGAUACUGCCACAGCUACAGGCGCAGUCUACAUCAUCGAUGAGACCAUGACCUCGCGGCUGGCGUAUCACGGACAGAGUCACAAGAUGGGCAUCAAAGCUGAUCUCAUGACGCUGGGCAAAUGGAUUGGGGGUGGUAUGACUUUUGGCGCCUUUGGCGGACGAGAAGACAUCAUGUCCCAGUUUGAUCAGAACACGGGCUCGCUGGCGCAUUCGGGCACAUUCAAUAAUAAUGUGUUUUCCAUGACGGCGGGGUUGGCAGGGUUACAAGUUGUUGACGAAGCGGCUAUUGAGAAUGUGAAUAUGCUUGGGGACGAAAUGCGACUGCAGCUGCAGGGAAUACUCCAUCGCCAUGGUGUUGAUGACUCUGAUCCUUCUGCUACUGAGGCGCUUCCUCUAAUGCAUGUGCGUGGGCUGGGCAGUAUGCUUGCGGUGCACUUUUCGGGCGAACAUGCUCUCAUCCUCAAGGGGCUGUUUUUCCAUCACCUGCUGACACAUGGGAUCUAUAUUGCCUCGAGGGGGUUUAUUUCGCUCUCUAUUGAGAUCACGCGAGAUCAUGUACGCAGAUUUGCAGAGGCAUUUGAGAAGUUUGUGGCUUUGUACGUCGGGUUUCUACAUGUGGAAGAGAAGGUGAGCGAGGUCAAUUCCCAGCUUUGA